GGGUUGGAACCCUCGCCCCCUGCAUUGGACGGCAAAGUCCCAACCACUGGACCACUAGGGAAGUCCCAAACAAACAUUUUAAACAUAGUCAUGCUUUGUUUGAAUAUACUGCUAAAAAGAUGUAGUGCAAUAGUCAGGUUCAUUCAUUUAUCCAGUUAUUUGCUCAGCACUUUUCAGGAUGUAAGAAAUAUAGCUGCAAAUUAAAAAGACCUAUUCUGUCCGCAUGGAGCUUGAGUCUGGUGGAGAACUAGAUGUUAAGCAAAUGAAUAAUCAGUGAGUGGUGUUAAGAGGAUAAGUAGUUUGUUGCAUAGUCGCUAAGCUGUGUCUAAUUCUUUUGCAACCCAAUGGACUGUAGCCUGCCAGGCCCCUCUGUCCAUGAGACUUCUCAGGCAAGAAUCCUGGAGUGGGCUGCCAUUUCCUUCUCCAGGGGAUCUUCCUGACCAAGGGAUCGACCCCAGGUCUCCUACUUUACUGCUGAGCCACCAGAGGAUAAAUGGAGGAUGCUGUAAAUAAGUAAGAGGGGGGUCUCCAUUUGAAUAUGAGGAAGUUAUAUUAACACAGACCUGAAUAUGGAGCAGAAGAUGGGCAGGAAAAGAGCAGAGAGAAGGUAAAGAGAUCAGUGUGUUAGAGAACAACCACAGAUCACUGGAGAGCUGUGAGAGGGGAGAGGCGCGGGCAGGGUGUCGAGAGGAACUGUGGGCCUGUGAGGAGCCCAGGUUUUCUCUCAAGUGCAUUAGGGAAUCACCAGAAGGGUGAAGCCAGGGACUAACAAGGCGCCCCAAUUAUGGUGAGUCCCUGUGACCCCUUUGAGGAGCGUGGACGAGAAGGUUGUUAGGAAUUGGGGGUAAGGAAGCUUAUCAGAGCCCAGGAUUGUGGGCAUGCUGACUGUGAGUGAUGAAGAGAAGCGUCUGCUCCUCAGAGUAGAGGCCACAGGCCUGGUGAUGGCUUUGGACAAACGGUUGAUUCCUGCUGUCUCAGUGGUUCCCACGAACACUGAAUCAGUGAUCACUGAACUUGCUCCUAGAGGAGCAGAUGUGAGCCUCCGGCACAACAUUUCCAUCAGCUGGUCACCACAGAACCUUGUUUCUGUUUAAAGACACCUUAUUUAAUAUGUGUUGUUGACUUAUUAGCAUUGAACUCGGGGCCAGUAGUGCUGUAAUUCAUGCCUGGAUAAAGCUCAUCUAACGUGUUUUCUCCAUAAGGCACACACCACAGCUUUCUGGCACGAAGGAACACUAGCCAGCACUUUAGCACUAUUGCUAUAAUAUAUAAUAAAUUGAAAUUUCCUUAGAAAAACCAAAGAAUAAUGCUUCUUUGGGGGUCUGUUGUGAAAAAAUGAAUUUUUGAAAGCCCAGUGAACAUAUGACCAGACUCUGGAACACCGUGGAUCGCUGUCAGACGUGCUGUGUGAAGCCCAAUCAGCCUCUUUUAAGAUGCGGCAACGGCAGCUGCCGUCUUCAGUCGGUCAGGACUGCUGCUGCUGAGGACGGCAGGCUGCCAGAGAGGGAAGGUGUUGAGGAAACAUUCUCCCCUAAGAACAGAGAAACUGGUAAUCUGGGUAGAUUCAAGGCAUCUUUAAGAGAGAAUGUCUUGGGGAGCCCCAAGGAGCUGAUGAAGUUGAGUGUGCCUUCCUUGGUGUACGCUGUCCAGAACAACAUGGCUUUCCUAGCUCUUAGCAACCUGGAUGCGGCGGUGUACCAGGUGACGUACCAGCUGAAGAUCCCCUGCACUGCCCUAUGUACCGUCUUAAUGUUAAACCGGACGCUCAGCAAGCUGCAGUGGAUUUCAGUGUUUAUGCUGUGUGGGGGAGUCACACUCGUACAGUGGAAACCAGCCCAGGCCACCAAAGUCGUGGUGGAACAGAAUCCACUGUUAGGAUUUGGCGCUAUAGCUAUUGCUGUAUUGUGCUCAGGAUUUGCAGGAGUAUAUUUUGAAAAAGUUUUAAAGAGUUCAGACACUUCCCUUUGGGUGAGAAACAUUCAGAUGUAUCUAUCGGGGAUUGUUGUGACAUUAGUUGGCGUCUACUUGUCAGACGGAGCCGAAAUUAAAGAAAAAGGAUUUUUCUUUGGUUACACAUAUUAUGUCUGGUUUGUCAUCUUGCUCGCCAGUGUUGGAGGCCUCUACACGUCCAUUGUGGUCAAAUACACAGACAACAUCAUGAAAGGCUUUUCUGCGGCAGCUGCCAUUGUCCUUUCUACCGUUGCUUCAGUGAUGCUGUUCGGGUUACAGAUAACACUCACCUUUGCUCUGGGUACACUUCUUGUCUGUGUCUCUAUAUAUCUCUAUGGAUUACCCAGACAAGACACUACGUCCAUCCAACAAGGAGAAACAGAUUCAAAAGAGAGAGUCAUCGGUGUGUGACGUUAGCCUCAAAAGAGAUUCCUACUAAGACUAAACCAUUUAUAUUAAACUAGAGCCUUAAGUCAAUUUCAGAAGGUAGAUUUAAAAAACAAGAACUGGUCUAAGAAUUAAGAAGAAAGCUAUGUGAAUGAGUUUUAAUGUGACCUGUUUGGAAUCAACCUGUUUUAAGAAUGAAGGAUUUUUAUUAUUGUAUAUAUAACAAUGUACAUACAAUAGUAUGGAGGCGAUGUGGUGUUUAAAAAAAAAAUCAUGCGGGGCUGCGAUAUUUGAUGAGUGAGGUCUGGGGUUGUGUCACAGGUUAAAGUGCCAAGGCCGUUUCUGUACUAACUGUUCUCUUGUUCAGGUACCAGGGGAGAAGGGCUGACCCCUCCUUGUUCUCCAAGGCAUGUGCAGUAUUCAGUCCCCGCAGCAGUGAAGACCUAGCUCUUUUCUUACAAAAGGGAGGCAGAAACGAGACAGGCUAGCUCAGAAACAGACUGACUGGGUAACUUCUCAAACUGAAUCCAUCUAGAAACUCAGACGGCGAUGUAUGGGCGGUGACUGAAUGCCCCUUUAAGUGCUGGCUCUGUGCCACUCAUUGUCUGGACUCGUAUUUCUUUGCUAUUAAGGAUAUACUUUUCUUCAAAAAAUAUUUCUAAUGUCACUUUUGUACUUUUUUAAAUAAAGUAUGUAACUGUUGGGCUCUCAAUAACUUGUGAAAUUUCAGUGUUUUUUAAAAAAAAUUUCUAUGAUAUGGGAAAAUUCAGCAAUAAACUUAAUUUAUUAUAUGAAA